CAUCUCUCAGCGCUGUCAGAAGCAGCAUCUAUGCUUACAUCGUCUUAAUGGCUCCUCCACGGGUGUUCCUCAUACGGCACGGGGAGACCGAUUGGUCCAAGAGAGAACUCCACACUGGCGUCACUGACGUUCUGUUGACAGAAAGAGGAGAGCAGCAGGCCAGGGAGACAAGCCACGCUUGUGUUGGAGAGGGGAAACUCAUUGACCCGAAGAGAAUUGCUCAUAUAUACGCGUCGCCUCGACGUCGAGCCUUGCAAACGGUUAAGCUGCUUGAUCUUGGCGUUAAUGAUCGUCUGCCCUCUAAUGUGGUGUUGUCCUUUACAAGUGAUGCGCGGCUCGAGCAUCGCAGAACCCAUGCGUUCUUCAGUAUCAAUGAAGAGCUUCGCGAGUGGGAUUAUGGAGACUACGAAGGGAUGACAGUCCAGGACGUAUGGCAGGAGAGACAAGAAAGAGGUUUGGAUAAGGAUGGACGACGUUGGAAUAUUUUCGUUGAUGGUUGCGAAGUGGGAGAGUCCGCUGAACAGGUCACCCAACGUGUUGAUUCCUUCUUGACGCAGGUCAGGGAUACGAUCAAGGCAAAACAAGCUGGUGGAGCCAAUGGCGAGGCGUCAGACAUAGUGUGUGUCGCUCAUGGACACAUUCUAUCGGCGAUUGCAGUCAGAUGGACAGGGCGUCCCCUCCAAGAUGGCGUCCGGUUGCUGAUCGAUACUGGGGGAAUUGCAGUUCUGAGCUACGAACAUCAUGCCUUGGAUGAGCCAGCUAUUGUCAUCGGACCGAAACCCUAGACUCGUCUAGCCUGAUAAUGAAAAAUGCACCUGAUCAAAGGAAGGAAGUCAGAACUAGAAUGGUUUUUCAUAGUUUUGAGUAUGACGCACUACAAUUUAUUCAAUACUAAUAUA